UCCACAUAUUAUUACACCAACUUCUUUGCCUGCCGGGCGGGCAUGUGGAUAUCGUUGUCAUUUCUCUCUCUAAAAGCCUUCUUCUUUCUUCACUCUCUCUCUAAACGAUCGCUAUCUUUGAAAGAAGAAAACCGAUGGCCUCAACCAAUCCGGUGGUCGGUGAAGCACUACCGUCGGAAACAAUUACAGAUGCUACUGCUGAGAUGACGACCACGACGGUUUCUUCUUCUUCUUUAUCGACGGAAGCUGGGGAAGCACCGGAGAAGAAAGUGAGGAAAGCUUACACGAUCACUAAGUCCAGAGAGAGUUGGACUGAAGGAGAGCACGAUAAGUUUCUGGAAGCUCUUCAAUUUUGUUGUUGGAUCAAAUGGCAUACUAAGUGAGAGUAGUCCUGCAGCAUCUGGUAUAGGAAGCUCAAGCAGAACACUAUCAGAUUCCCAAGAUUUAAGACUGGCAAAACCAGCUCCCUCAAUGCAUGGUCUUCCUGAUUUUGCUGAGGUUUAUAAUUUCAUUGGGAGUGUCUUCGAUCCUGACAGCAAAGGCCGCAUGAAAAAACUCAAGGAAAUGGAUCCUAUAAAUUUCGAAACUGUUCUGCUGUUGAUGAGAAACCUCACAGUGAACUUGUCAAAUCCUGACUUCGAACCUUCUUAUGAACACGUUGAUGCUAAGGUCAUGAACACUUAAGCUCGUAGCUCUUAGUACGGGAACCCUGAUCAAGAACUCAACAAGUUAUAUCUCUUUUUGACGACUUCUUCUUGCUCGCAGCAACUGUUGACCAGCUAUCAAAUGCUUCUUACGGUUGUUGCCUGAAGAGAACAAUAAGGCGUCACAAACAAGAGGAAAAUAUGCAGUUUAGGUCAGAGAACCAGUGGGGGUGAAUGGUAGAUAUAUGUACUUGUGUGUGUGUAGGAAAUGGUUACCAAAUGUGUCUUCUUUUUGAUAAUUAUUUGUUCAUGCGUUUUGUAAUAUGUCUUUUCUUUACCUCUAUUUCUGAUUGGUUAUUUUUUGGUUAUCUGUUUAACCAAAGCUAUGUAACAAGUUAGCAAAUUGUGACUUAACUCAUAAGUGAGAUACAUACAUAACUUUGUUGUAUUGUACUUGUAAGCAUUAACGUCCAUGUUUUGUCUCCA